GGGCCACUACGCAGCCAGACUGCGAGCCGUGAGGGUAGAGGUCCGGGUAUUCGCACCGAGAUACACGCGCCGAGCAACGUGCACGUCCGACCACGCCGCUCAUUUUCCACUUUGUAUCCUUGAUUCGGAAGAAGGAAAUAACAUAAUCAUUGAAGAAGAAGAAGAAGAAGAAGAGGAAAAAAAAGAAGAGGAAGAAGAAGAAGAAGAAAAAGAAGAGGAAGAGAAAGAUCGAAGAGAUUGGAAAUUGUACUUGCCCGAAGGAUCAAAGGAUCAACUUUAGAAGAAGAAAACAAGAAGAAAACAGAAGAAUAAAAAGAAGAAGAAGGAGAAGGAGAAGAAGAAUUUUCUAUUCUACGCUGCUACACACUUCUAGACCACUCUUGUAUUUUUUCCACGCUGAUAUCUCUAUCUCGUGUGUGUUAUCAUUCAUCGUUUUUAUCCUCGAAGAAAACGAUUUGUCGGUGACUGAUCGGGAAAAGGGUUUACCGGUUGAAAUCAUUCGUGAUUACGGGGUGAAAAGAGCGAGUGCGCGAAGUCGAGAACGAACAGGAGAGCAGGGACGUCCAGGUGGUGCGCGUCCGACGCGUUCUCGACCUAUAGAGACGCACGUGGGACGGACCUACGGAACGCGCGAGGAAGAGCAAGAGAGAGAGAGAGAGAGAGAGAGAGAGAGAGAGAGAGAGAGAAACAGACAUAGAAAAAGAAAAGGAUUAGUUAAGAAGAUUAUAAAUAGAACUUGGUGAGUUUUGUGCAAACUGGUGACAUCGAUCGAUUUGUGCUCGGACAUUUACUACUUUGGACUUCUCAUUAUCGAUUACUACACUUUUGAAAUUAAAGAAACUUGGACUGACAGGUGUGAACAAAGUUUACAUAGAUUAGGAAGAUAACUGUGUAACGCUCGGAACUCAAAGUGAAAUCGCGAAGUGACGAUAAACUUGAGGAUUUUGUUUCCCUCUUCUCUCUCUCUCUCUCUCUCCUCUCUCCCUCUACCUCUUUUUUUUCUCUCUCACUCACGCGUUCACAAGUUUAACGAGCGACACCUAAUUAUCGUUGGCAGUGAGCAAUUACGAAGAGCGCGUGACGCCACGACGGGACACGUCAGUGUUUUUCUGCUUCAAAAUUAUACGCUUUCGUUCAGGACGCACGUCGUCGUCGUUGUCGUCGUCGUCGUCGUAGUCGUCGUCGCCGCCGUCGUCGUCGUCGUCGUCGUCAUUGUUGUGGCGAUGAGCGAACACGCACGCUGCUGAACAAAUAGAAUAAUUAAAAGCGCAUUACGUUUCGCUACGAUCGUUCCGUCUCAUUAUCUUUUUCUUCGAGUUUAUCGAAAUAAAAAGCCACACCAGUCAAGAGGAAAAGAAAAAUUCUUUGAAGAAUCGAUCGUCUAUCUUACUUUAUCAAAGUGACUGGUAUAAGCUGAUUAAACCGCGGUGACUUAUCGUAUAUAGUUGGUCACGUGAGAUUGACUAACUCCAUCUAACUAAUUAGAUACCGGUUAAUUAAACGUGCCGUUAGAACAGGCUGAUGUCACGAGACUUGAAGAUUUUCCCGAAUCGUUCGUUCCUCGACGUCGGUCUACCACCGACCGCGAGAUUCGCGAAGAAGGAUUCUACUGAUCUUACGAACGCCGUUGAAGGCUCGUGAAGAAGAAAAGGAAAGAAAACGAUCUUGCCAUAUCUCGUGAAUUCCAAGGGGAAAGGAUCGAAUUCCUCUUCGAUCGACUUUACCCGCAUCGUGGGAGAGAUAAAUAACGGAGGCUCGUCCAACUCGCGUCAGGACGACGUCCCACGUAGAGCGGUCGCAGCUCAGUUUAGAUUACGAGUCCCCGGCAUGCAAGGCUGACAUGGCGGAGGGUUCGGCCGAGGAGGAACAGAGCAGUACCGCUGCGCCCGCUUCCCCUCCAGCUGAUCUUCGCACUCUGAACACCCAAUUGUCGCCGCCUUAUCACCAUCAACCCCAUCUCCAGCCACCGCGUCUUCAGCAUUUGCAGCAUCCCAACAUGUUGGCCACCGCCGUACCGCCUAGGCACAGCCACAGCAUGCUGUCUCAUCAGGUGAAAACGGAAGCCGAGUUGGACGCGUCGUACGACGUGCCAUUGAAUCUCAAGAGCGAGGACAGCGAUAGGAGUAGCGCUGGAAGUCCAGAGCCAGCAACAGGCGCUAUGCACGAACAUCAAAUGAUGAUGGAAGAUAUAAAGAAUUCGCGGAAAAGACGACGGACUCCGUCUCCUGAGAAUCUGCAUCAAGCGAAACGUGCAGCCGUACCGCAAGCGCAUCUUAAUGGAACCAUGGCCGCGAUGGUUACCCUUCAAAAUCUACAAAAUUUGGAGAAUCUACAGAAUUUGGAGAGUCCCGAAUCGGCGACAGGCUCGCUGCAUGAACAUCAAAUGAUGAUGGACGAUGUAAAAAAUUCUCGGAAGAGACGGCGAAGUCCGUCGCCGGAGAAUCUUCAUCAAGCGAAACGAGCGGCGGUAGCGCAAGCUCAUCUCAAUGGAACCAUGGCCGGUAUGGUGACUCUGCAGAAUCUUCAAAAUCUAGCGAAUCUUCAGAAUCUUCCGCAGGUCGCUUCAUUGGCUGCUGGUCUUCAGGGAAUGACGGCUGGACUGAGCAACAAUCAGUUGAUCAAUACCCCUUUGAAUCUCACCGUUAGCUCAUCCGGAGGCACCGCACCAACUGCCUCGAGUACAACAGCAGGACCACAUCUUUUACCACCAAGUCCAGCGCCAAUGGUGACGUUACCUCAGCUAUUGUCUCAACCACAACCAGUAGCAAUGCCGCAAUUCAUCCUUAUGUCCGGUCAAUUAGUUCAGGGUCUUCAAGGAGCCCAACUUUUAAUCCCUACUUCUCAAGGUAUAGCAACGCAGACUAUAUUGACCAUUCCCGUAAACCACGUAACGAAUAAUCAAAUGGUCAACUUGGCACUCAGCAAUGGUCAAGUAGUUUCUACGACGUUGGCGAAUCUUCAAUCGAUCGCACAACCACAAAAUAUGUUGAAUACACCAACGAGCAACGUUCCGACAAGUCCGAGUCUGGCAUCGGGAUUAGGCUUGAAUCCCGCAGCACUGCCUCACCUUUUGAGCAACAGUUCAGCGAGCCAACAGCUUCUGAAUGCAAUGCAACCCCAGCAGCUGCUUCAGGCAGCUCAAGCGGCACAAGCUCAGGCAGCGCAAGCCGUCCAAGCUGCCCAGGCUUCUCAACAACCACUUCUCACGACGUCACCGCAACAGCACAGCCAUCGACAUGGCUCGCACAUGAAUCAUUAUACGCCAACAGAAAAGCAUCACAGAGAGAGACCGGAACAGUCGUCGCCUUUGAACGAAUCUGUAGUCUCCGCAGCCUCUGCUCUAAACAGAUUGACGUCCAGCAACGGUGAGAUUACCAUCACGACGACGCACGGUCCUAGUGGAGCUGGAGGAAUAAAGGCCUCGCCAAGCACUUUACACAGUCCCAAGGAGGAAGAAGAUGAUCUCCUCAACGAUUCCCCGAAUCAACCGACAAUCAACGAAGCCACGAACAACGUUGUGGAUGGUAUCAACCUCGACGAGAUCAAAGAGUUCGCGAAGGUUUUCAAGCUUCGUAGACUUUCGUUGGGCCUAACGCAGACCCAAGUUGGUCAAGCCCUUAGCGUUACCGAAGGUCCUGCUUAUAGUCAGAGUGCCAUAUGCAGUGCCCUGGCUACCCAGAUGUACGCUGCCUCGCAGAUUGUGUCACAGCAGCAAGCUACAUUCGAAAAGCUGGACAUCACACCUAAAAGUGCGCAGAAAAUUAAGCCAGUGUUGGAGAGGUGGAUGAAGGAAGCCGAGGAAAGUGCGCGUGAUUGCAGGUACAAGAGCGGAGUGAAUCAUCUCACGGACUUCAUCGGAGUCGAACCAACUAAAAAGAGGAAGAGACGGACGUCCUUCACACCUCAAGCUUUGGAAUUGCUCAACGCUCAUUUCGACAGAAAUACUCAUCCCAAUGGUACUGAAAUUACAACGUUAGCACAUCGUUUAGGAUACGACAGAGAAGUGAUUAGAAUUUGGUUUUGCAACAAGAGACAAUCUCUAAAGAAUACAGCGAGAAUGAUGAAGGGAAUCGAGUAAAGUGACGUUGAUCGAUGAUCGUCUAUGGAAAAAAUCAGCGAAGAAGAAGGAGAAGAGGAGAAAAGAAUCGCUUCGAGUAAGAUUCGAUGUCUCCGAGAACGAACUGAGUUUAAAUUUCGAGGGUCCUUUUAUCAGAAAAAAAAUCGCAGAAGGAUUAAAAAAAUGAAUUGUCCUUUUUAAAAUCAAGAUUUGUUGAUCGAAUUAACGAUCCUUUCGCGAUUUUUACUCUCGAAAAGAAAACGAAGUACUUUUAUAAUUGUCCAGUUUCGCUCGAUCGUGUUAACGAUCGAUGAGUGAUCUAACUCGACACUCUGAAGACUGUAUUCAUCGAUCUUCCGGUCUCAGUCCAUCUUUUCCACGAGGAAGAACGAAAAAUCGCAGCAUCGAGUCGAUCGAGCUCGACGAUCGAAACUGAACGAAAAACGCAGCGAAAAAGAAAAAAAGAAAAGAGACUAAGUCCUUAAGGGCAAUGUGAUCGCAGAGAGUAUACGAAAGAUCUAAUCUGUAAAUUAGCUUUUAUAGUCCUGCUCGCGGAAACCUUCAAAAGUGAAAGGAAAAUUAAGUGAAGAGUAUUUUUUUUGUUUCUUUCUUUUCUUUUUUGUUUUCGAAAAACCGAAGGAUCGACUUUUCCUUCUUUCUCUUCGUCUAAAAAAAAAAAAAAAGAAAAGGAAAAGAUUGUUAAGAGAUCUUGAUUAACAACGACACGUAACUUAAAUGAAAAUUACCAACAGUUGGUAAUAUUCUGCGAAGAUUGAAUCGUGUUACCAAUUGAACGAAAAUUAUCUUCCUAGUUCUCAUCGAAAUCGACUCCCAAAAGACCUUAGAAUUAGCAUUUCCCAUGGAUAAAACCGAACAUGACUUUUAUAUGUUUCGAAUACAUUGUAAAUAAAAAAAAAAAAAAGAAAAAAAAGAAGAGAGAGAACAUUAUGUCAGAAGUUAAUUUUUGGGAUUUAGAAUCAUUGCGAUCGAUUCGAUUGAAUAUUUUAAAAAAUUCCAAAAAAAAAGAAGACUAAUGAUUGUGACAAUUCUUGUUGCUUGGCUAACUUGACGAAACGACG